AAAGGUACAAUUUACAAAAGUUGAAUUAAUUUUGAACCCCAAAGGAUACACGAGGAGCUAAACGACGUACCGCAACAUGUGAAACGACACGGGGUAGCGAAAACAUCAUCCUCUAAUUCAAAAAUUGAUUAACCGGGGCCCACUUUCACAGGCACCAAUUCCCCAGCAACCAAUCAGAUUCCUCACACGUACACAUUCCCUUCACACGUGCCGCUCCAACCUUAAUUCAAAUUUCAAACUGUCAAGCCCCACCUUUUCUCUAAUCAAACAAUCCCAUUAAUUAAUCAACAAUUUAAAUAAAAUAAAAACAAUUUUUAUUUUCUUCUUCUUUUCAAAAUCCUCUCUUUCUUUUACCAAUUCCAGUCUCACUGUUCACAGAGAACUCUUCAAUCUUUGAUUUUCGUGAAGAAGAAAUCACAGCCGUUGAAUUUCAAAGCUAAUUCUUCAACCAGCCACAUUUGAAACUUGGCUGAGUAAUUUUUUUUUUUUUGCCCUUGAUUUAAUUUGAUUUUUUUUGAUCGGAGAGAAAAUGAACACGGUGGGGAGGCAGAGAUCCGGCGCACCGGCGGCGCACCACCAGCGGCAGUACUCCGACAAUUUUCUAGAAACUUCGUCAAACGGGCGAUGGCUGCAGUCAGCUGGUCUGCAGCAUCUACAGUCAUCAAACAAUGCGGCUCCUCCAGUUCAGGAUUUUGGGUACUAUAAUGGUGGAGGGGGUCAGGGUUCUAGAAUGUACAGAAGUGUGCAGGCGCAGAGGACUUACAGUGGAGGCAGCGAUUCGUUUGCCGAGCCAUUAACCCCGCCGGAGAAUUCACGGAGGAAGAAUGGGGAGGAACAAGUUUCGCCUAAUGAGUAUAGUCCGGGGCUUUUGGAUCUUCAUUCUUUCGAUACCGAGCUACUUACUGAGAUUUCAGUUCCUGGUGUGCAUGAUGGUCCGUCAAUGAAUAAUUAUUCACGGGGAAGAAGCUUUGAUGACUCUGAUGCAUACUUUGCAAGCAAUAAACAAACUGGCAGGGCUCGUGGCUUGACUGAAAGCAAUGUUCUGAAAAGUCUCGCACCUGAUAAUGUGAAGGCAAGCAGUGUUGCAAAGAUCAAAGUAGUGGUGCGGAAAAGACCUCUAAACAAAAAAGAACUGGCAAAGAAUGACGAAGAUAUCAUAGAAACCUGUUCGAAUUCUCUCGUGGUCCAUGAGACGAAACUUAAGGUUGACCUGACAGAAUAUAUGGAGAAACAUGAAUUUGUUUUUGAUGCAGUGCUGAAUGAAGAAGUUUCAAAUGAUGAGGUGUAUCGUGAAACUGUGGAGCCUAUUGUUCCAAUAAUAUUUCAGCGUACAAAAGCCACUUGCUUUGCGUACGGUCAAACAGGAAGUGGCAAAACUUAUACUAUGAAACCACUGCCCCUCAGAGCAGUUAGAGAUAUCUUGAGGCUAAUGCAGCACACUUACAGAAACCAAGGAUUUCAGUUGUUCGUCAGUUUCUUCGAAAUAUACGGAGGAAAGCUUUACGAUCUGCUAAGCGAUAGAAAAAAACUCUGCAUGAGAGAGGACGGCAAACAGCAAGUCUGUAUUGUGGGCUUGCAAGAGUACCGAGUGGCUGAUGUGGAGAUUGUUAAAGAACUCAUCGAGAAAGGAAACGCAACACGAAGUACUGGCACCACAGGAGCAAAUGAGGAAUCUUCUCGUUCUCACGCCAUUCUUCAGCUCACAAUUAAGAGAUCAGCCGAUGGUAGUGAAGCUAAACCUGCCCGAGUUGUCGGCAAACUUUCCUUUAUAGACCUUGCUGGAAGUGAACGUGGUGCUGAUACUACUGAUAACGAUAAGCAGACCAGAAUGGAAGGAGCUGAGAUCAAUAAAAGUUUGCUUGCACUGAAGGAGUGUAUUAGAGCACUUGACAAUGAUCAGGGACACAUUCCGUUUAGAGGAAGCAAAUUAACCGAAGUUUUGAGGGAUUCGUUUGUUGGAAACUCCCGCACAGUAAUGAUAUCUUGCGUUUCGCCAAACUCUGGAUCUUGUGAACAUACCUUGAACACAUUAAGAUACGCCGACAGAGUGAAGAGCCUUUCGAAAGGAAACAACUCCAAAAGGGAUGUUUUGUCUUCAACCGCAAAUCUGAAGGAGUCGAUGAAUCAGCCCUUGUCUUCUUUCUUGCCACCAGCAUCAUCGAAUUUUGAAAACGAUAAUAUUACGGGCGAUUCUUGGCCUGAACAAAUUGAUGAAUACGAUGAAGAGUACUACGAACCGGAGAAACCUUCAUGGAAGGCGAACACGAAAGUAGCUGAAUCUUACAGCUUCUCCAAUAUGGAUGAUAAGUUGAAGAGAGCCAAUGGCCAGGCAAAGUGGGCUGAGCCUCCUAAAGCAGAAAUAAAACAUUCGAAUUCAGAUGACAAUUUAACUGCUCUGUUGAAGGAGGAGGAAGAUCUUAUCAGUGCUCACAGGAAGCAAGUGGAGGAGACUAUGGAUAUUGUUCGUGAGGAGAUGAAUCUGUUGGUUGAAGCAGAUCAACCGGGGAAUCAAUUAGACGAUUAUAUCUCGAGAUUGAACUCAAUACUAUCCCAGAAGGCUAACGGUAUCUUACAGUUACAAAACCGAUUGGCUCAUUUUCAAAAACGGUUGAAGGAACAAAAUGUCCUUGUAUCAUCCGGUUAUUAAUUGACUAUAAAAAUGCGUGAUAAUGAUAUUUGCAUAUAGACGAUUGUUAUUGCAAGCUUGCUUUGGAAAAAAAAAAAGAAACACAAUCAGUCUAAGUGUUCGAUUGAUGAAACUUUGUGGUACGGUCAUAUUUUUUUUCCCGGAAUCUUCCGAGGAUCUUUUUAGCCUCUUUGGUCAAUGCGUUCAAGCAUCGAUUAUUGACCCGUUGUGUUGAUUAUAUAAUAUUGUGAUUGAUUUGUUGAUGGAA